AUGCAAGUUGAAGAGUGGCAAACUUUUCGAGUCGACCCUAAUAAUCGCGAAUUCACUCAAGUUAAAACUGAAGCCAGGGUAAUUAGUAAUUUUGGAUGGGGAUUAACAGAACGAGUUGAAGGUUUUGGAAUAAAGAAAUUUGCAGAUAGCGCCACAAAGGGAAUGUCUCAUGUAUUAGAGAUGAUUCGCGAGAAACAAUUAUUACGUGGUCGGGGAUUUUUGAAAACUUAG